AUGACUAUCCCUCUCAUUCGCGUCCGCAUGAAAACACCGAAAGUUCGACGGGAAUGCGCUGGCUACGAAGCCAAUAUCUCCCUCCUUAAGGACCGACCAUGUGGUAGACUACUCCCAGCCAACUCCUUUGCAUCACCAGAGAGUCUGGGUAGCCCGAAGACAUGUUUGACGGCACUGCCCGUUCAUCUGGAGGCCACGCAACGACAAGCUCUACAGUACUUCGUGACGCGGGCAGCGCGCCAGCUCUUUGGCCACUACUCGGCGGACCUGUACGAGAAAUUACUUUUCCAGGUCCUCAACCAGCAGGAGGUUGUUCUGCAUGCCUGCCUAGCUGUCAGCUUCAUGCACCGUGCCCACACCCUCCGACGACCGAAAGCGGGCGGUGCAAGCCCCUGCGAGCUCGUGGGCGUCGUUCCUCAUGAGCGGCAAGCUCUACAACACUAUGUCCAUGCUGUCUCCAGUCUACGUAUCUUAAUCAAUCACUCUAACUACCGACUCGACACCUCAACAGUGCACAUCGUGCUCCUAGUCUGCCUUCUCUGCGUCCACUUCUCCCUACUCCGCGGCAGCGAAACCGAAGCCUUCACACACCUAGAAAAAGGCCUUGCUGUCAUCUUCGGCUUAUCUCGACCCUAUGCACCGACUUCUGGGAAGAGAUUCAGACCCCUGACCCUCUCCACCACGCCGACGAAAACACUGGAAUUGUUACUUCAGGAGUUUGUGCGGCUGGAUGGUGAGUUCGCUGCUUAUGCUACACGGGAGCCGUAUUUAUGUCCAGAGCUCGACCCUGAUUAUUUCGGAGAUAUGGGACCUGCUCGUAUGCGCUUUAGAACUCUUGCCGAAGCUAGUAUCGUCCUCGAUACUAUCUCCAAUAGCGUAGCGCGACAUCAUGGAGCGCUACUGCGGUACACGACCUCCCAUGUCGACGGUCUAGGUACUGGCUUUGAAGAUGAAGCACAUCGUGAUGCAUACAUCCGCGCUUCGAGCCGCAGCGUCAAGCAUGCCAUGCUUACCCACGCACAAGAGCGCACAAGCAAAGCUCUGUCAGCCUGGUCUAGUGCUCUCGAGGCAUUGACCUACGACGGGACUGGAAGGUUGGAAUAUAUGAAGUUGAGGUUACAAUUCUUCAAUACCUGGUUCUUGAACAGCACGUACAAUGACUCAAGCGAAGAAGUCACCGACAUCUUCGAGACGACCUUCGAUGAGGUCGUCCAUCUUGCCGAACGAUACUUGUUGGCUCAUGGCAAGAUUGGCGACGAAGCGGUAUUGUUCGACCCUUCACCAGCAGCCAUACCAGCCCUCUUCAUCGUGGGGAUGAAAUGUCGCAGCUCCUCUGUUCGUCGAAAAGCAAUAACACUACUGCGCAACACAACCCUACAAGAAGGCCUCUGGCAUGGCCCUCCUCUAGCCGCGUUUGCGGAACAGGUUGCGGAGAUCGAGGAGCUGCGGGCGAGAAGGCUGAAUCCGCUUCUUUCUGGUCUUGGCACAGGGACUAAUGAGCUGAGAUGUUGCGAUGUGCCGAAAGGGGCACGGUACUCGGAUGUGGUGUAUGUGCUGGAUGAUGGAGUGGCUGAUCAGCAAGGAGGGCGUCUGGUUUGUGCGCGUAUUGAUCGUGAUCGCGAUUACGAGGAUGGCGGUGACGGUGGUAAUGGUGAGGGGGUCAUCGUUGAGCAGUACCAUCCCAACAUGUCCCAGAAGGGUAUAAGGACGCGAGGAGGUAGGAUAUCAUGCCAGUAG